AUGAAAAAAAAACCAACCAAAGCAACAACGAAAAAUUGUUAUUUUCUCCUUUUGACAACUAAGUCCUCCAGAAACUUGUUCACUAAUUACGAUAGCGACGACUUUACAAGUUUAAAUAGCAGCAGCGAGUAUAAUCACAAUGACAUACAUAAUAACAGUAAUAAUAGUAAUAGCAAACAAGCCAAAAUCAACUACAAUAACAAUAACAAACCAGCUAUGCAAUACUCCAAAAGUGAUUAUGACGUCUUCAACUCCUCGUUUGUCAGCUCAAGUGACUUCUUUAUUUAUCCCAACAACAACAACCGCAAUAACAACAUUAAUAAAAGUCAACAAGAUGGACCAUACCAAUUAUAA